GGACAGCGAGCACAGAGCUCUGCCAGCGGACGAGCAUGCGGACUGCAGAUAUAACCCAACUGCUCAUUAUACUCAGAACCCACCGCAAAAUGAGCAGGCGGAAUGCUUUUAUUAUCCGGAAGGGGCAGACCCAUACGAAUAUCUCGAAUGCUACUGUCCGCCAGAUCAGGAAAUGUCAGCUGCAGAUCAGUUGUAUCAUCAGGAAGACGAUGCCAACGAGGAGCUGCCAGUCCCACGACGUCCUCAGUCGCAGUUUUAUGAAUGCGGAAACACUGCUCCAGUUGCCUACAGAUCUCGUCAGUGUGCCCGCCCGAGGGAAGAGUUCAAUCCUAAUCGCUUCGAACGCAUGCCGCAAACACACCCGCAAUAUGUUCUAGGCUCUUGCUCAAAAGAUACCACCACCAUGACCGUUCCGAAAGUGGAAAGUUGGGACUCCCGCAACUCGGGGCCAGAUUCCUAUGUGGCCCAACAGUGCGCUGCAGUUGCUGAGAAAAUUAUGAAGGAUUAUCGUAUCCGCAACUUCAAGUGCCCGCAUCAGAAGCAUUCAAAUAAUGAUCGAGAUUAUUGCGACGAGCCAGUGGCCAGGCCACCGCAAAGACAUUACCAAACCGAAGAUGGGGAGUAUGUAGAGUGUCCUGGCCGCAGAAAAGAAGUGGAGCGCGAGGCUUCACCUGCAAGGCACAGGGCGAGUACUUCCUCGAAGGUGCCCAAGGCGAGAGAGUACAAAUUUCCGCAGCAAUAUUUCUUGGCUAGUUUAAAAUCAGAUAACAGCGACCAAGGGGGGAAGACUCCCAAUCAAUACUCCGAAAAAUGCACACAAGACAGGUAUGAGUACGAUGACCGAGAAUGUGUUAAGGAUUGCCCGAGAAUCUCAAGGACUAAGGAUUGUAGAGGCGAUAAGUUUCCAUCAACCUGUUUGUCAGCGCUCAAUGAUUACAACAGUGAAGAGGAUGGCCAGGAUAAGUAUUACCAAAAAACGAGUCCAGCAUCAUCGCCGUAUGAAGAUUACGAAGCGGAUGACGAGCAAAGUCCAAAACAGUUUUCCCAACUGAGAUCGAGUCAGCGAGAGGAAUCUGCGCGGAGUCCACCACAAACCCCAAGAAGACGCGAUCCACACCCUUCUCAUAGAUAUGAGGAAUGCAAUGAUGAUACGUGUCCGUCUCCGAACCGAAUUGUAACGGAAGUGGCGCCAAGACAGUGUCUGAGGAGAACCUCAGACAGAGGCCAGUACAGUGAGCCUUUAGCCUCACAGCAGCAGCGCAGGCGAUCUGACGAAGUCAACGGUCUACAGACUUAUCCCGAAGAGUGCUGCCCUUCUUCGAAACGCAAACAGCAACAAAAAGUCCGCAACAACGGUCAUGUUGAAUAUCUCGAGUGUCCGAAACGUGGGCUCAGGCCACGCUCAGAUAAUGCAGAACAUGAGGAUCCACGUAACAUGGAGGCCACCGAGGAGCCAUCCAUGGGCAAUAUAUCCCCGCCGAACAGCCCAAACGACAGUCAGAGGCUAUCAGAACCGAAUUCAAAUCGAAUGUAUAUAAGCCAGGAAGAGUUAAGGGACGAAGACGAUGAUGGGUGCCGCUGCGAGUUAGAGCCUAUGGUUCCAGAGAGUACCUCACCCACAAGGAGUAUGCAAAACGAUCGUCCUGAUGGGCAAAUGGCUUCAGAAAUAUCGCCAGAAAUUGAUCCAGAGAUUGUCGAUAGCCGAGAGGACAGCCAGGCAGAGCCAACAGCUCCGGAGAUUGCCUCAUCCAAGAAAAAUAGAAGUCACGAUUUUCUACGGAUUCCGUCUUCAAAAAGAAACAGCCGAGAUUACCAACCAAAGGAGCCAAGUCCAAUACAGACUCCCCAGCGAGAAUUGCACCACCAAGAGGACCCUGUGGAGAAUCCAACACACUCCCAAGAAUUUGAGGAAUUGAUCUCUUGUAAUGAUGGCACGUGUGCAUAUGCAAACCUAAAUGUUCCAGAGACUACCUCAUCGAUGGGUAAUAAUCAAGAGGAAAGCCAGCUCAGACCAACACCGACUCAAACGGAAAUAUAUCGUGACCAAGAAAAGCAAAUGGAUCUUCUCGAAAUUGCUGAGUGCGUCUGUGAGGAUGAGCCCAUUGAUCCAGAGAGUACCGCAGCUGAGAGGACUGGACAAAAUGAUGGCCAGGAAGAGCCAACAGGUCCAGAGAUUGCCUCAUCGAAGAGAGACAGUCGUCAGGAGGAACCCAGUGCUCCAGGGAUUUUGUCAUCAAAGAGAAGGAGCCGAGACGAUCGCAGAGAAAAGCGAACUGCUCCAUCAUCAAAGAGAGCAAGCCGAAAUAGUCGUCGCAAUGAGCCAAUUCUCGAUUAUGUUGAUGAAUGCCGCUGUGAGGUUGAGUUGAAUGUUCCACAGAAUACUUCAAAUAAAAGUAGAAGGCGAAACGACCAUCCUGAUGACCGCAUGCUUCAAAAAAAUGCACAAGAAAAGCGAAUCAGCCGUCAGGAAGAGCACAGGGCACCAGAGAUUACCGCAUCCCAGAGAAGUCCUACUCACAGCCAGGAAGAGCCAAUAGCUCAAAACCAUAAGAACGCCAGGGCAUUGACAUUGCCGGCGGGAGGAAAGUCUCCGCGGAGCCACUCCGCUGCAGCUCGAUCCAUUGCGCUGCCAAAGUCGAGGCUCAGAGCUAACUCCAACCCGGAAGAAGCGGCCAAGAAGGCCAUUCCGGCGAGAAGUAGCAAUAGUCCAUGUGGCAGGCCCAAUUGCCUAAUCAGCGGUAAGAGAUCCAUGAAACACGCCGACUCUGAAGGUGGCCAACGUAGACCCUUUGACUUACGCAUGGCUUCAUACUACAUUUGCCAAUUACAGGAUGAAGAUGAAGCGAAUCAGUAUCUGAUUAUCGUGCCCGAAGCAAAGCUUCGUAGGAUAAGUCCACACAGAGACUGCCCAAGGCAAGAGCCUGCGAAGAGGAAGCCCUGCACCCCGCGGCAGUGCUCCGGCUUCGAGACUUUGUCCUGGGCCAGUUCAAAGCCUGCACCACAGUCAUAUCCGAGGAAAGCGGAGGGUCUCUCCGCUCUUGGCUCCUAUCUGGUGCCACCAGUCGCCGCAGAGAACACCUUGAGCAUUCUCAAGCAGCACACGCCCAAAGAAUUGAUUCAGAAGAUCCCGAAAAGCAGCAGCAGCAAUAAAUCGGACAAGCCACCUCCCAAGAUGCUACGUAAGCCGAAAACCAAGCCGAUGACAUCAAUGGCCACCACCCAAACACCCAGUCAUCGGCCAGUCCAUGAGGCAAACUCAAUCUUGGCGGAGAAUCGAACCGUGCUGCUCACCAAUAAUCCGGACCCAAAGUCCAAUCAAGAGGUAAUCGUUCUGCACCCGCCCGUCGUGGGCUUUCGACCCUCCAAAAGCUCACUCGGCCUGGAUGAUGUGCAGAUGCAGUACGUCAAAGUUCAGCACAGCCAGCCGUAUGUCAGCCCGAAGCUGAUCUGAAACAGUGACUCCCAGAGGUUGAAUUCCAUGGCAUAAACACCUUUGCCGUUGCUGUUUUUUCUUCACACAUGGUUCUCUGCCCCAGCCAAUGUACCAGAGUAUUCAGAAUAGUAAAGAACAGCAACCAACCGAA